GGCCUGAACAGAUUAUGAGUUCCUUCGAUCUGCAGACACAGUCACCCCCUCGCUGUAGCCCCCAGUUCCCCAGCAUUGGUCAAGAGCCUCCAGAGAUGAACAUCUUCUGCGAGAACUUCUUCCACCAGCAGAAUGCGCAGAGACCACCUAACUAUGACAUUGAGGACUACAGCUCAAGUGCCAACCCCUACCUCUGGUUAAACGGACCAUCCAUGAACUCCUCAUCAUACCUGUCGGGAGCGAACACCAGCCCUUUCAUCCCCCAGUCUUACGGGAUGCCAAGACAGUUCCUACCCAACAACACUGGUUUGGGAGGAUCAGACCUUGGGUGGCUAUCCAUCCCCAACCAGGAAGAGCUUCUGAAGCUGGUGAGACCACCUUACUCCUACUCAGCUCUGAUCGCAAUGGCAAUCCAUGGGGCACCAGAUAAGAGACUGACCCUGAGUCAAAUCUAUCAGUACGUGGCUGACAACUUCCCUUUCUAUAACAAGAGUAAAGCCGGGUGGCAGAAUUCCAUCAGACACAACCUGUCCCUCAAUGACUGUUUCAAAAAAGUCCCCAGAGAUGAGGAUGAUCCAGGUAAAGGAAAUUACUGGACAUUGGACCCUAACUGUGAAAAAAUGUUUGACAAUGGAAACUUUCGGCGCAAGAGAAAAAGGAAGUCAGAUCCCAAUUCCAGUGCAGGCAAUAUUGGCACUGAAAAGUCCGAUGACAGCAGCCAAAAGCCACCCCAAAGCCCAGGGCUCAUGGACAACUCCUCCACUAAGACAGGAACCUCUCCUGAAAAGAAAUCUCCGACUCCGAUCUCCACUCCCUGCCUCAGCAACUUCAUAUCCAGUAUGUCCACCUAUAACAAUCCUAUAGGCGGGAGGCAGGCUUCUCUUGGAUUGGUUAAUGAUGCUUCCCAGAACAUGAUGGGGUUCAGCUCGUACUCACCUUCCAGUAACAUCCUGAGCCAAUCUGGGUCAGAGUGGUCUGACCCAGGGCCGUCAAAUCGUUAUGGCUAUUCUUCAGUGCUGAACCAGUUCAACAACCACUUCUACAACAGCAUCAAUGCAAACAGUUUGCUGUUCUCCAGAGAAGGGACAGAGGCAUGAAAGGGAGACUUGCUGAAUGAAGGAUCAACUGUAAAAUAAUAAAUCAUUACAGCAAAAAUAUUCAUUUGAUGCUAUGUAGCUUAUUUAUGAUAGAACAUUUCAAGGGCAUUGUGUUCAGGUGUUUUGGGGAUAAAAGAAGAGCAGUUGAAUUAAACCAAGAGUCUCUAAGCCUGGGCACACGGAUAUGAACCAUGGCAUCACAGAACCCGGUGUAGAGUUUGAAUCAGGCUCUCACUAAUUUACCUGAGUCCCAAAUUGUUGAUGUUGACAGUUCUUGUUGUCUUGAUUGACUGCCCCUUACCAACCUUGCCCCUCAUAGUGCCCACAACAUUUGAACAGGUCGGACUAGUAAGAAAGAAACAGCAGCUCAAAUAGGCACAAGUUUCCUGGCUUUGGAGAGGUAAAUUGCCCAGGGACAGACAGCAUCUUAUAGCCCUUGGGGCAGAGUUUGGAAACCAUGUCAAUUUUGCUUUCUCUGCCAUUUCUGAUGAGGCUGCAUUCAAUACGUGUCAAUAAAUAGGGGUGGCCAUACAGGGUGGGAUCCAAUGUAGAAAACUGCACCUACAGGGAUAUUCCAAUUGAGCCUCUUCAUUCCUGAACUAGGAAAGGAUAAAACAUAUUUUUUGGUUUCUGAUUGCAAUCUGGAAACCACAUCUGUGUGGGCUUUGUUAAAAGACUGAGAACAGGCUUCACUGUGAUGACCUUCAUGGUUGAUUAACUUGCCAAUAUUCACUCCCCAAGUUUACAAAAAUGAAAAGGGUGGCAGGCACUUGUAAUAACACAAUACGGGUGAUCAGGGCAGGAGAGAGGAUAACUGCUAAAGAUCCAACAAUAUAAGUAAAUACGCAUUUCAAUUCUGACGUUGUUAAUCUCAGCACAUUUAAAUAAUGUGCUGAUUGUAGACAGUGUAACGCUCCAGUGAGUGUUUUAAGCUUUCUGUAAUGUGUUAAGUUUGUGUGAUUGUUAAAUGGCAUUCAGUUGUUGUAAAUUUCUA